AUGUUUGAGCCGACUCAAGCACACCGUGCAACUCCUGGCUGUCCCACUGAAUCUUCGGACUCUGUCGCCAGCACUGGUGAGGAUGUGGUUAUUGAGAGGGCCGUGGAUUUUACCGCAGCUGAUUUAAGUAUAGUUGAAUUGACCGAAAUCGAGUACACCCAACUGCAGCAGUUCCUCUACUCACACAUAGAUUCCCAGAGUAAUGAGGGCGAUGUGGAGACAAGGAGGAGCACCCCUUUCCUUCCAUCCAGUAAUUUGUCCAAUGCUCCUCAGUAUCAAUCUACCAGUCUCAACACUGGCAGCUGUGAAGGAGAAAAUGUCUGCCCGGUCAUAUGCCAGACAGUAGUGUCCACGGAUAAUAACAUAAUGAAUGCUAACCAAACCAUAGGACACGUUGACUUUCAGGAGCUGAGGCUGAUGAUGCUUAAUGAAUCCAGUUUAGCUCCCUCUAGUGGUAACAUAGCGGAAAAACACCCCAAUAACACCAGUGGUGACAUCUCGGGGGCAGGUCCAAUGCGGGUGAGAUCAGCUAGUGAUAUCAUUGGUCUUAAUAAGGAAAAUGAGAAAUUUGGCUGUAUGUCUGAACCCAGAACAAGGUCUACAGUUCGUGUUCGUUUAGAGGACAGAUUUAACAGCUUGGCAACAGAUAUACCCAGGUGUACCGAGAUGCUGGAUACUGGUGCAACCACGAACAAUUUGGUGAACAUUGUCCACCAACCUUUGCAGCUCAUAGGAACCCAACAGUUGGGCAAGUGCAGCCCCCUAGUGAAAAACGAAGCUGCCUCAUCUUCACUUCACUUGGUAUAUUCUGGCAUCAAUCUACAGAAUACGACUCCUGCUGGAAACUCUGAUCUUUUGCUUACACAGACUAGUUCCUCCGUGAAUUCUGGAGCAUCCUGCCCCCUGCUGGAGGCGGCAAAGAACCACGAGAUCUCUCUCUCCAGAGGAUAUUCCUUCUGUUAUCAGCAGGGUAUUGAAUCAGCAAAGCAGAACUUGGGACCCCAAAAUAAACCAUUACCCGAGGUGGUCUCUAUUAAAGUUGAAGAUACAUUGCAUAAGCAAUCAAUACAGAAGAGAAGCUGCACCCGCAUACGACAAGCAGACACUGACAUGGAGAGGAGAAUCCUAAAUGACAUUGGAAACACUUGCCAGGUGGCACCCUGGGCACCUACACGGGGUAAUACUGCAGAGCAGGGGUCUGAUAACAAGCAGACUGGCUUGUCCCAACGAAGAGAGCGACACAAUCGUAUGGAGAGAGACCGAAGGCGCAGAAUAAGAGUUUGCUGUGAUGAAUUAAACAAUUUAAUUCCAUUUUGCACAGUGGAGACGGAUAAGGCCACCACACUGCAGUGGACCACUGCCUUCCUAAAAUACAUUCAGGAGAGACACGGGGACACUCUGAAAAAGGAGUUUGAAGCAGUUUUCUGUGGGAGAACAGGAAGGAGAUUGAAAGUUGCCAGAUCAGAAGGUCAGAGAACUGUCUCAGUUCAGGAAGCGGCAGGGAGCACCACACUCCAGGAUGUCAAAUAGCAGGAUGGC